AUGGAAUGGGUACGACAAAAGUUGAACGGACAGUUUAUAGAAGCGGACGAAGGAGAUUAUGGAGAUAGCAACUACAACACAACGACUACAAUAGGAUUCACCCCAAUCAUUGAAGACAGCCCAAACUGCUCGUUCUACGAAUGGUCUCGAAACCCUUCACAUGCCCAAUUCUUUCGAAUAUUCUCCAUCAUUUCCGUUCUGACCGUUCUCGUCGUCGUCGUCGUUCUUGGAAAUGCACUUGUGAUAGCUGCGGUGCUUCUAAGACGACGUCUUCGAUCAGCAACGGGUCUUCUGAUUCUAAGUCUGGCACUUGCUGAUCUGCUUGUCGGUACAGUAAUCUUGCCGUUCAGUAUAGCUAACGAGGUGUUGGACCAGUAUUGGAUCUUUGGAGAGACAUGGUGUACGAUUUGGUUGACAUUGGAUAUUUGGAUGUGUACAGCAUCCAUUUACAAUUUGGUGGCGAUUUCAAUCGAUCGAUAUAUCGCUAUAAUCAAACCAUUGAACUAUCCAAUGCUGGUCACCAAAUUCCGAGCUCGAUGCACUGUGGCAAUCGUCUGGAUCGGAAGUUUCCUAAUUUGCUCUCCAAGCUUCUUCUUGGCAAGCUCAAUUAAAGACAAGGAAACUCCGUGUAGAUGUACUCCUGCAAAUGCUGGAAGAGUCUACGUCGUCUUCUCCGCUUCCAGCAGUUUCUACAUUCCGAUGAUCAUCGUCGUCUUCGUUUAUUUCCGGAUCUAUGUGGCGGCUCGUGCGGCCACCAAGUCAAUAUAUUCCGGAAUGAUGAGUGUAACAGCUGCGGCGAAUAAGAAGCAGAAUCCGAAGAACUAUCUUCUGAAUCAUCCGGACGUGAUUAACAAGGAUUCGCUGCCGAUGCUCCGUGUACAUCGAGGAUCGUCCGUGGUCGCUCAAAUUACACCAAACAAGCCGUAUAACGCAAGCCGCCAAAACGGAAAUUCCAUCGACGCCACCGCCGCCACCACAAACGGAGCAUCACAGAUUACUGCCGCCGCAGCUGCGAAGGCGAGAAAAUAUGCGAAUGAUUCGGCGAAAACAUUGGUGAAUCGAGGAGCUGUCGUCGGAGCAGCACAACAAGGAGCUGGUGCCGGAACAAGGCAUAAAAGGAAUGGAAGGAGUAGUGAGAGUUCAGUGGAUUCAUUGAAUGGCACGAAUUCCUACUCGGCCACACCUCAUAAAUCCGGAAACGAGGAGCUCGGAUCACUGAUCGAAAACUCGCGGAGCAGUUCCACUGACUCAACCGACAAAACCGAACCGUUGACAAAUCAAACCGAUGACAACUUCUCAAUGACCAACAAUAACAACAAUGGAUAUGAAAAGGAAACAUGUGAUGAGUCGUUGUUAGGUGAAUCAAAGAAGAAAUCAAAGAGUUUGGCAUCAAAAUUCAAUCAUCUAAUGCGUCGUGGAAUGCAUAAGAAACGGACUGCAGGAGCGUACGAGAAACGGCUUUCGCUAGAGAUCAAAGCAGCUAAAACCGUGGCUAUUGUCACAGGAUGCUUCAUUUUUUGCUGGCUCGGGUUUGCGCUAGUUUAUGGUUUGGAAAUCAAGCUAGACGAUGUAGCCUGGAGUAUUGUCUUCUGGUUGGGCUAUCUGAAUUCCGCGUUGAAUCCAGUGAUCUACACAGUUUUCAAUCGCGAAUUCCGGACUUGUUUCAAGCGUCUUCUCACUUGCCAUCACUUGAAUCAUCCUACACAUAAGUACACCAACAACAAUUCCUAUAACUCCACUGCGAUUCGUUCAACCAACGCCGUCAACCGUGUGCCUCAAACAAGUCUCUACAACUACACUCAAACUCAAAAUUCGGAGAAAAGUUCAACGGCAGCGGUAACUUUUAACACUCCAACCAAUUGA